AUGGCGGCGGCGGCGGCGGAAGCUUUAAACGUCCUUGAAGAAGAUUUAGAGGACUUUCUGCAAGGAAUUUUUGAAAAAGAUACUGAUGAAGAAGAUAAAGAAGAAUCAGAGACAACAGAAGAAGAUGUAGAAGACAGCGAGAAGAUAAACUACACAAAGAUGAACGAGUCAAACACAUCACUCGCCAACGUCUCUAACAUCAGUACGGUUAACACCUACUGCAAGUACGAUGAACCUGAAACCCAUGUUGAGAAAAUUGCCAAACGCACAGCCUACGUACUGGUCGUUGUACUGGGGAUUUCUUUCAACAUCUUCGUUAUAGUACUCGCAGCUAAAUUCACAGUACGCAAGAACCUGCAUCAUUUGAUCAUCAACAUGGCCGUCUCAGAUGCUCUAUAUCUCUUCAUGGAUUUAUUGUACCUUGUUCCAUGGCUGUCUGACAAUAAAUGGAGCAUAUAUCCCAGUGGUACACUAGGUGUUAUAAUCUGUAAAACUACAAUAUUUCUGCUAUACAUCUCAUAUAGGGUAUCAUUAGUUACUCUAUUAGUAAUCAGUAUUCAACGAUUCAGAGCAACAGCAAAAACCUUGAAAAGAUCGAGACCAUACACACUGAAGCAACGUAUGGCGAUAAUUGCUGUCACUUGGCUGAUGUCCAUGACAGCCCCAAUCGUUUACGUGUAUCAGCAAAGUCCACAUGGCCAAAUUUGUCGUGUAUGGUAUAGCGAUUUACUGAAUAACAGAGUCACUUCGUUUGUUGUACUAUCUGAACAAGCUAUUAUGGUUAUCCUCUGUUGUGUAAUAUUCAUUCUCGCUAUUCUAACAAUAAGACGGUUGACAAAACCACAAGGCAUCCAAAAUCACCUUAGCGAAGAACAAAGAAACGUACGAGCACGUCGAACCCAGUCAGCCGUAAGAAUGGUUCUCGCCUCGGUAUUGCUGUAUGCUUGCUGCUGGUGUCCCUUCUUAGCUCUUUCCGUUGUUAGGUUUACCGACGCUGUCUUCCCGUCAGCUGAUAUAAUAAAUUUCUCAGCCUGUAUUGACUGGCCAUCAUUGUACUUUAUCAUUUAUUAUUUCCUACCUGUGGUCAACUCCUGUUUCAGUCCUUGCAUCUAUCUUAUAUUUCUGUCUGAUUUUCGUGACGCAGUCAAGAAGAUACUCUGCAGACAACAGACAAUCAACCAGGCAUUAAACAACCCCAUCGAACUGCAACCGAUGAAUCCAGUGUGUAACAGAAGGAGAGGGAGAAGAACGUCUGAUGAAGAUCACGAUAUUUAG